UUCUCUGCUCGGGUGUCCCGGCUGUCGUGUGAUGGAGGCUCUUGGUAUUGUUCGUCGUCUGUGGGACGAGUAUGUGAACAGAACGCCGAAGAAAUUGAUGAUCAUCGACGCCUACUUGACGUACAUCAUGCUGACGGGAAUGGUGCAGUUUGCGUAUUGCGCUUACGUCGGCACGUUUCCGUUCAACAGUUUCUUGUCCGGUUUCAUCUCUUGUGUCGGCUCGUUUAUCUUAGGAGUAUGUCUCCGCAUUCAGUCUAAUCCCGAGAACAAGCGUUUUUUCAACAACAUCUCAUCAGAGCGUGCAUUCGGAGAUUUCAUGUUUGCAAGCGUCGCACUCCAUCUAGUCGUCAUGAACUUUCUGGGAUGAAACACUCAAUAGCCGGCAAUUAAUAUCAACUAGCUCAUGGAUCAUUGCUGUCUAUUGGUGUUUACUCAAUAAACGAGAUAUAGAAAGUUUGA